UACUGUGAUGGAUUAAUGCACAACUUCACCCUAACGACAGACUCCUCUGGUUAUAUGUUUGAGGAAACAACAGGAGCUUCUGCAGGUUCCUGCUCAGAACUUCCUCUCAUAGUUUCUGAACUGCGACAGAAAACUUCACGAGAAGUCCACAAAGCCACCAUGUCUCCGACCAUUCCUCCGAUUCUCUCCGUUCACCCCACCCGGGCUCUGGUCGAUGAGCCGUUCAAAGUGGUGGUGGAGAAUCUGCCCCCAGCAUCUCCAGUAACCCUUCACUCUCUCAUCUACUCUGAAGACAAGGACUACUGGGAGGCCUACGGACACUACACCAGUGAUCACAGAGGAAUAGUGUCAGCUGCAGAGGAUGUGAGUGUUGGGGGAACGUACACAGGAAAGGAACCCAUGGGGUUGUUGUGGAGUUUGCGUCCUGAGCCAGGCAGCCGCACAGGUCUCAGGUUUAGAAAGAGGAUCGUCACCAGCCCCAUUUUGGUCCAUGUCUCUGUGUACAGCGGACAUAUUACCCAGGGCUUCAGAGAGCAGUCACCUCUGGCCUCUGUGCUCACAGAGAGGUGGUACAUGGCUCCAGGGGUCCAGAGGAUCGAGGUCAAAGAGAGAGGAGUGCGAGGGACACUCUUCAUACCUCCAGGUCCUGGACCCUUCCCUGGGUUGUUGGAUAUGUGGGGAGGUGGAGGAGGGCUGUUGGAGUAUCGCUCGGCCUUGCUGGCGUCUCAUGGUUUUGCAUCUCUGGCGCUAGAGUAUUUCUCCCCGGGUGAGCUCCAGACAGCAGAUCUACAGUUACAAUAUUUUGAGUCAGCGUUUAACAUCGUCAAGGACCAUCCUCAAGUGAUCCCAGACAGAGUAGGAAUUAUUGGUCUUUCCCUUGGUGCACUUCUGGCUUUACAUAUAGCUGCUGAGAGCAAAAACAUCAAGCCUCACUGCAUCGUUUGCAUCAGUGGACACCACUUAUUUCCAUUUGGGGCAACAAUUGCUGCCGCCCAAAAAGACCAAGAAAAGGAGUUGAAGACACGUUACGAUGAGAACAACUACUACAUAUGGCGAGAUGUGCGUUUACCAAUCCCCAGUGACCCCGCAGAAAAAACUGACGUGAGGAAAAUUCAGUGUCCCAUGCUGCUGGUCAAUGGCGAUGAUGAUCAGAACACCCCGGCAGUGGAGGCGGCUGAGGACAUCGCCCAGAUGAUGCGUUCUCAAGGGAACCUGCACCUGCUCUCCACACUGACGUACCCCGACACGGGACACCUCAUCGAGCCGCCCUUCUCCCCUCACUUCAGAGCGACUAACUUUAUUAAACCUUUCAUAAAAGAGAAAGUGAUCGUUCUCUGGGGAGGAAAAACCAAAGCCCACUCAGACGCUCAGGAAGACUCCUGGAGGAAGAUCUUAGCUUUUCUACAGCAUCACCUGUACUCCAGCACGACUCCCAAAGCCAGGCUAUGAAUGAUAACAGAAAGAAGGAGUCUCAGCAUGGUGCAAUGCUGUCAUUUAACACUAUCAAGUUGCAUUUUGUAGCACAGGAUGUCAUACUUUGUUAUUAUAUUAAAUUAUCAGGUAAAGUUUUGGGUUUGGUCAAGUUAGACCUCUAUUUUGAUAAAGUUCUCAUUCCUAGAGAUCAAGUCUUUGCUUAGUUUAAUCAACAACUGAAACGUUUCUAUGAGCAAAUGUGAAAUUAAUGCAGUUUGAUGACGUCUGUUGAUCAAAUCAGAAAUAACACAGGAAUGUAACCAAUCAAUAUCUGCCUUUAAUCGUUCAAAUGAGGUACAUGAAGUGUUUACUUUCUACUCAUGCUCCACUGCAACUUAGAAAUAUUUCACAAAUUACUCCAACACUGAUUUGUGAAACCUAAACUGACUCAACAUGAGGAUUUUUGCACAGAAAUGACCAGCAGGUAAUAAAUUGGAUAAUUGUUUUUAGUAUUUUCUGAUGAAAAUGAUUGUAUUGUAUGAUUGUACAAUAUAGAAGAGUAGAUCUUUCUUAAGGUAAUUUCUUUGUUUAUUUUUUCUCAAAUUCAACUUUGUGUAAGCUUUUGGAGUAUUUAUGAAAUGUGGUAUUACUCUGGGAGUUGAACCAAGGACCAUAGCCUCUUAACAGCCCAUAGCCUUUAAAUAUACAGUACAUUUUUUAAGUCAAGUACAUUAUAACGCACAUCAAAGUGUUCUGUUACAAGAACAUAAUGGACUAGGCAGUGAUUAUUAUUUUUUUAUCACUUCUAAACAUUGUCAAGUGCCAAAGAAACAAAUAGGAGAUCGUAUUAAAGCAGUGUCAAGUGUCGAAAAGCGAUAGUUUAUCAAAAGAUAGCAUUUAAUAUUUCAACAACUUCUUUAGAGCUGUUGGUUCCAUCUUGUUUUCUUUACAUGUUAUUUUAUUAAAUAAUAAGCAAUUUAAAGAAAAAAUAUGACUACAUUUAUAUUUAGGUUCCUGAAGUCAGAAUUUAGAAAAUCUAAAUGUAGGCUUCUUUGGUAAAGUGAAAAAGUAUUUCAUGAUAAAAUUUAUUCCCAGAUUUAAGAUUGUUAAAGUAUUGUUUUGGUAUUUGUACCAGUUUGUACCAACAUUUAUCAUUAGUGGAUACAGCUACCUGACUUUAGCAAACUGGUAGCUAACCACCAAUGCUACAGCCUUCUUUGUAGAACUGAUGUCUUCUGAUGCUUUUAGCUGUCAUACAAAACAAAAAUAAUCAUCAAAGAUUUGCUGUUAAAAUUAAUUUUUUUACAAAAGCUAGCUAUUGUAGCUAACCAACAAGCAUUAGCAAGAUAGCAACAGUUUGCUAACGUACAAUUUUUGUUUUUGAUUGUAUGAUUAUGAGCAAAACAGGCUUUCAUUUCAUUCACUUAGGACACACAAGUUACAGAUACCUUGACUUUUAUUUGUUCAUCCUCUUGAGAUGUGGUUAUGGGGGUAAUGUUAUUUAUGUCUGAAAUUUUGUUCUCAUGUUGUUGACUCCUAAAAAGUCACACCUCUAAACACUAAACCAAGAAUGUACUGGAUACCACUCCAACAAGUUUCACAUGGGCUGUUAUGUGCUGAUUGUAUUUUAUUAACAUGUUUUUUUGUGAUAAAUGAACAUGUCUGUCUACCAAAUAUUGCAGGUCUGCAAAAAAUAUUGCAAUCACAGAUGUUAGAAAUGGAUCAAGAGUAUUUUUAGGUGUUAUAAUCUAUAUCAUUCAUUUUGUACAAUUAAAAUCACCUCAAUGGAA